GGUGAAGCGCAGAGAAGAACCUCGGCGAUGUUCGAGGAUUUGAGCUAUUUGGAUCCUCUUCAUGUGGCCGAGGAGCCCAUAAUACCCUCAUCUCUUGUAGAUAGCAGCAGCAGCAAUGAAUAUUUGUUAGAAGAUCAUAAGAUUCUUCCUUCUUUCAAUCUCGACGGCUCUACCGCCCAGGCGGAUUUAGGCCUCGAUCACAUCAACAAUCAACUCAGCUUUGACGUGGAAGUAGCUUCGCUGCCUCCGCCCUCUUUUGAACUAUCAAAUUGGGACAUUUGUUACAGUGAUCAACUAGCACCGCCAUUAUCGCUACCACAACCUUUGUAUCCCGACCCGAAUUACUUUCCGGGCGGGCCGAGCGUACCCGACCUCCUAAACAUGCUUGAACUACCGCGAUGUGCGGCGAAUCCACCGACGACGAGCUCAAUCUCAUUCGAUGGCAUCUCGAUGCUUUAUGAGCCGAUGAUCGGUGCGAGUAAUUCGAUGGGGAUGGAGAAUUAUGGGUUGUUGCCGCAGAAUUAUGGGUUGUUUUGUGGGUUGGAGGAGAGGGAAGGAGGGAUGAUGGGAAGUGGAGAAGGAGAGAGGAGGAAGUUUGAUGGAGUGUUGGAAUGUAGAAGAGAAUUAAUGGCGAAGGGUGAAAUGAAGGGGAGCUUUGCAACUGAGAGGCAAAGGAGGGUGCAGCUGAAUGAGAAGUUUGCUGCGUUGAGAUCACUUGUUCCUAAUCCCAGUAAG